AUGACUACUAUACCCAAUGACGAUGAGCUUCUUCUAGCCCGCAUCGGCUAUAGACAGGAACUAAGACGAGAGUUCUCUAAAUGGUCUACUAUAUCGUACGCGAUAUCUAUUCUGGGGGUACUGGGUUCCGUCCCCGCGACCUUUGGAGCUCCCUUGGCUGCAGGAGGACCCGCGACUGCGGUCUGGUGCUGGUUCCUGGGUUCGAUCAUGGCCCUUUGUAUCGGCAGUUCUGUGGCCGAGCUGGUCUCUGCCUACCCCACGGCGGGAGGGAUGUAUUUUGUCACCAAGUACGUUGUUCCUGAGGACCAGGUCCCGAUCUUCUCCUGGAUCCAGGGCUGGUGUAAUCUCCUCGGGCAGACUGCUGGAGUAUCCAGUGUUGCCUACACUGUCAGCCAGAUGCUGCUUGCUGGGGCUAGUAUGAAUUCCCAACUGACAAAUGGGAGAUAUUCGUAUUCUCCAACCGCGUGGGAUACGGUAGUGCUGUCAAUCGGGUUGCUAAUUUUCUUUGGCAUCAUAUGCUCAAUGACAACAAAGUCGCUACACCGUAUCAUUAUUUGGUUUGCUCCCAUCAACAUCACUGCGACGAUCUGCAUCUGUGUCAUCCUCUUGUAUAACACUCCUGACAAGCAACCCGCCAGCUGGGUGUUUACUCAUGUCACGGAUGGGUCCAGAUGGGGUUCCAAGCUCUUUUCAUUCCUUCUUGGGUUUAUCUCGGUGGCAUGGACAAUGACAGACUACGACGGAACGACACACAUGUCAGAGGAAACCCACGACGCUGCAACGUUGGGCCCGCGGGCGAUCCAAACCGCCGUUGUUGUUUCUGGAGCACUCGGCUGGCUCCUGACAGUCUCAAUGUGCUUCUGCCUUACCGACUUCGAAGACAUCCUGAACACUCCCACCGGCCUCCCGGCAGCACAGAUCUUCCUGAACGCUGGAGGGAAAACGGGAGGGAUGGUGAUGUGGGGGUUCGCAGUCCUCGUCCAGCUCUUCACCGGCUGCUCCGCCAUGCUAGCCGAUACACGGAUGGCAUACGCAUUCUCCCGGGACGAAGCACUUCCAUUCUCCUCCUCCCUUUCCAAAAUCAACCCGUACACUCAAACCCCCGUGAAUGCAGUCUGGUUCGUCGUCUUCUUCAGCAUCUGUCUCAACUGCAUCGCAAUCGGAUCCACCGAAACUGCCACCGCAAUCUUCAGCAUCACCGCUCCCGCUCUGGACCUCUCCUACAUCGCCGUGAUUCUAGCCCACCAGCUCUACAGGCAUCAAGUCGACUUCGUCGAGGGUCCCUUUACGUUAGGGAAAUGGGGCACCUGGAUCAACUGGAUCUCCAUUACCUGGGUGCUCUUCAUUAGCACGGUGCUGUUCUUCCCUCCCCAGCUCCCCGUAACUGCUUCGAAUAUGAAUUACGCCAUCUGCGUCGGUGUCUUUAUUGCCGUCUUUGCCUUGGUGUGGUGGUGGGUUGCGGCUCGAGGCAUAUAUACGGGCCCAAGGACAAAUGAGCACUUGCAUGAGAUUCCAACCAACCAAUUUGCACAAGAUUACGGUACCAUCAAUUCACACGAGCAAAGAGCGCGACCAUAA